AGAGCCCACAAGCAGGGCUUCUGGAGUUUGCAACAGUAAUGAGACUACCAAGGCUGUUUUCUGUAAGUUUGUGAUUCUGCGUGCUGACAAUGAUGCAGAUAAAGCCAUUUGGAUGCAGGACCUGCUGCAGAAUAAAUUUUGUGUUAAAUCUGGAAUAAUCUUUGCAGGGAUGCCUUUUAGUAAACAUGUCCUGGAAAACUUAAAUGAUGCUGUGAAUGGCUCAGCGUGGACUACUAUGCUAUUGAUAAAUUUUCUGAAUGGAUCUUGGUAUGUGUUUCAGUCUCUCACCUCCCUUGUCAAUGCUCUUACCAGCAUAAAUUACAGCUCUGUGAUACCUGUGAGGCCACUGAGUAACCCACUUAGCCAGGAGAAGACUUUUUUUAUUUUGCAGGCUAUGAAUGCACUGUAAGAGGAUAGUCUUGGCUUUGCAAAACAAGUGGAGAAAAUUUUCCGUGAGUCUACAUAUGGGCAACAGUGA